AUGACUAUUGCAGAGCAGCCCUUAUUGACGAUGGAGCACCCAUUCGUGAAGACGAUAAACUGUCAGGGACCUCCCUACGAAAUCGGCUUCACCCACGGCAGUAACGCCUCCAAUGAAAUCCACACAAAUAUCAAGACUUAUACUCUCUUCUUCGCUGAGUCGGCCAAGAUAACAUGGCCAGAAGCACGGGACCGUGCACUCUCUCAAUUCCUCCCGACUUUGGAGAAGCUCUAUCCGCAAAUUCUGGAAGAAUUAAAGGGCAUUGCUGACGGAGCCGGAGGCGGCCUAGUCAUGGCGGAUAUCCUGGCCUUGAAUAUUCGGAGCGAGAUUGCACUCACCAACUAUACGGACGGCUGCACCUCUAUCGGGCAGAAAUCGCCAUCAAGCGGUGCCAUAUAUCUAGCCCAAAACUGGGACUGGUUAGAAGAGCUGAAAAAUGGGAUGGUAUUCUUGCACAUCAAACCUGAAGGAUCAGACGUGGAGAUGAGGUUCCUAUCAGAGGCCGGAAUUGUAGGAAAGAUUGGGUUGAACUCAUAUGGCGUUGGGUUGUGCAUGAAUGCCUUGCGGAGCGGCGCAUCGAGCACGGAGAAGCUGCCGGUUCACUUUAUGUCGAGGAAGAUCCUUCAGGAGGCACAUACGUAUGAAGAGGCGCUGUUGCUGCUCGAGAAAUUUGGGUUGGCGAGUACGGUCAACUACAUGAUUGCUGAUAAGAGCGGGAGGUACGGGGAUAUCGAGUGCUCGCCACUAGGUAACACGAUCACAAACCCAGAUCUAGGCUAUGUAGCACACACAAACCAUCUAUGCGGAGUUGGACUCCCCCCCAAGCUCCAAGACCAUCCGUCAGCAAACUCAUUUGCGAGAUUGAAUAGGAUGAUGGAGCUGACAGAGCUGGAUAUAAAGGCACAUGUGGCUCCCUCUUUUGAAAGUCUGCGAGCGAGGCUCUCUGACGAGCAAGGAGCCCCGUAUUCAAUUUGUCGGGAUAGACCACCGGGAGCCGUUGGCAUGGAAAGGAUGACGACACUGAGUACGGUCAUCAUGGAGUUGACGAGUAAAACAGCAAAGGUGACGGUCGGGCGGCCAUGUGAUGACUUGCCUGUAAUAGAGUGGUCGUUUUGA